CGCCCGCGCCGCUCCCGCGCCGCCCCCCCCCCCCCGGCAGUGCGGUCCUGCGCCGCGAACAUGGCGUCGGAGGGGAUGAUCCUGACGAACCACGACCACCAGAUCCGCGUCGGCGUCCUCACAGUGAGUGACAGUUGCUUCAGGAACCUUGCCGAGGAUCGUAGUGGAAUAAACCUUAAAGAUCUGGUCCAAGACCCUUCUUUGUUGGGUGGGACUAUAUCUGCAUACAAGAUAGUGCCAGACGAAAUAGAAGAAAUCAAGGAGACGCUGAUAGAUUGGUGUGAUGAAAAGGAACUUAAUUUGAUUUUAACAACGGGAGGAACAGGGUUUGCACCGCGAGAUGUCACUCCAGAGGCCACUAAAGAAGUAAUAGAGCGAGAGGCCCCAGGAAUGGCCCUGGCAAUGCUGAUGGGAUCACUUAAUGUUACACCUCUGGGCAUGCUCUCUAGGCCUGUGUGUGGAAUCAGAGGGAAAACUCUCAUCAUUAAUCUUCCAGGUAGCAAGAAAGGGUCACAGGAAUGCUUUCAGUUUAUACUGCCAGCCCUACCUCACGCCAUUGAUCUUUUGCGGGAUGCCAUUGUAAAAGUGAAGGAGGUACACGAUGAGCUUGAAGAUCUACCUUCACCACCACCUCCUCUUUCUCCUCCUCCAACCACCAGCCCUCACAAACAGACAGAAGACAAAGGAGUGCAGUGUGAGGAAGAGGAGGAAGAGAAGAAGGAUAGCGGAGUUGCCUCAACAGAGGACAGUUCUUCUUCACAUAUAACAGCAGCAGCCAUUGCAGCUAAGAUUCCAGAUUCCAUCAUCUCUCGUGGUGUUCAGGUUCUCCCACGUGAUACAGCCUCCCUCAGUACUACUCCUUCAGAAUCUCCUCGUGCCCAAGCCACCUCUCGCCUCUCCACUGCAUCCUGCCCAACACCAAAACAAAUUAGACGGCCGGAUGAAAGCAAAGGAGUUGCUAGUAGAGUUGGAUCCCUCAAAGCUCGACUCCCUUCGUGCUCAUCCACCUAUAGUGUUUCUGAGCUCCACUAUAGGUUGGAAGGGCUUAAAGAUGAACUGAGGAGGAAUAGAGGCUACAACUCGAGAGUCCAGUCUAGGUGCAGCAGCAAGGAGAACAUCCUCAGAGCAAGUCACAGUGCUGUUGACAUCACCAAGGUAGCAAGAAGACAUCGCAUGUCUCCAUUCCCAUUGACAUCUAUGGACAAGGCCUUCAUCACAGUCCUGGAGAUGACCCCAGUGCUGGGAACAGAAAUCAUCAAUUACAGAGAUGGAAUGGGGCGAGUCCUUGCUCAAGAUGUAUAUGCAAAAGAUAAUCUGCCACCAUUUCCAGCAUCAGUAAAAGAUGGUUACGCUGUCAGAGCUGCUGAUGGCCCAGGAGAUCGAUUCAUCAUAGGAGAAUCCCAGGCUGGUGAGCAGCCAACUCAGACUGUGAUGCCUGGUCAGGUAAUGCGAGUUACAACUGGUGCUCCAAUUCCAUGUGGUGCUGAUGCAGUGGUGCAGGUGGAAGAUACAGAGCUCAUCAGGGAAUCAGAUGAUGGCACUGAAGAACUAGAAGUUCGAAUCCUGGUGCAAGCUCGGCCAGGCCAAGAUAUCAGACCCAUAGGACAUGACAUUAAAAGAGGUGAAUGUGUGCUGGCUAAAGGAACCCACAUGGGUCCAUCUGAGAUUGGUCUCUUAGCAACUGUUGGAGUAACUGAAGUAGAAGUUAACAAGUUUCCAGUGGUUGCAGUCAUGUCAACAGGGAAUGAGCUGCUGAAUCCUGAGGAUGACCUCUUGCCAGGCAAGAUUCGGGACAGUAACCGUUCAACUCUGCUAGCUACAAUCCAAGAGCACGGCUAUCCAACAAUCAACCUGGGAAUUGUGGGGGAUAACCCAGAUGAUUUACUGAAUGCACUGAACGAGGGCAUCAGCCGUGCUGAUGUGAUCAUUACAUCAGGAGGUGUAUCCAUGGGGGAAAAGGACUAUCUUAAACAGGUGCUGGAUAUUGAUCUUCACGCACAGAUUCACUUUGGCAGAGUUUUUAUGAAACCUGGCCUACCAACUACUUUUGCAACUCUGGAUAUUGACGGCGUAAGAAAAAUAAUCUUUGCGCUUCCAGGCAAUCCUGUGUCAGCUGUCGUCACCUGCAAUCUCUUUGUUGUUCCUGCGCUGAGGAAAAUGCAGGGUAUCCUGGAUCCUCGGCCCACCAUCAUCAAAGCCAGGUUAUCAUGUGAUGUAAAAUUGGACCCCCGCCCAGAAUAUCAUCGGUGCAUUCUGACUUGGCAUCACCAAGAACCACUACCUUGGGCACAGAGUACAGGGAAUCAGAUGAGCAGUCGUCUGAUGAGUAUGCGCAGUGCCAAUGGACUGUUGAUGCUACCUCCAAAGACAGAGCAGUAUGUGGAGCUUCACAAGGGGGAGGUGGUGGAUGUCAUGGUCAUUGGAAGGCUAUGAUGUCACCAGCAAGAGCGAAGCUUUGAUGCAUGUCCACAUAUCAUUGACUGUAUCCUGUAAUAUGCAACGGCACAGCUAGUUUUUCCGAUUUGGAUAAAAGUUGAUCAGUAUAGUCAACAUCUUGAAAUAUAUUUCAAAUGGAAUUUAAAUAAAGACCUUUUAAAAAAAAACUUUAAAACAAAUCUUAACAAAGAAAUUUAUUCUGAUUAUAUCAAAGCAACUUUUUCCUUUUCUUGCAAUUGCUUUGUGUGUUCAAUGCUAGUUCCAAUAGCGGUAGCUUUUAGUAGACAGCAGUAGGUGCCUGCAGAACUUGUGUUUUUUCUCAUCUUUAAGAUACAACUACUUACGCUCUUAAAACAAGGCUGUCUGCUUAUUUAUACUAGCGUAGACAACACUUGGAUUUCCCUUAUUAGUAUGCUUCAUAACCGCUUCACAGAGAGCUUCUGCUUGUUCUUUAUCUUGUAUCUCGUGUUGAUGUGCACAGUGCCAAAAGCAGAGUGGCUGUGCUGGGAACCCAAUGAAGCCCCGAGGUUCUCCCACCUCGCCGCGCAUUCAGGGAUGUCUCUUGUCCCAGCAGCCACCCAGCUCAGUACUCUUGGGCAGUAACUGGAUACCUUUUAUUUCAACAAACAAAAAAAUUGCUUCCUUAAGUGCUGACAGCCUUUUUAACCAAUACAUUUAAAAAUGUACAGAACUAAAAACUAAAAAAAAUCAAAGACUGAUCUUGUACAGAUAUUAGUGUUACCAGCAUUCGUGUGGAAAUUAAAUGAGCAAAGAAAUAAAACUAAUGUUAAACAACUCUGUACCAUAACAUUUUCUGUAAUGAUAUUGAAACUUAAAUGAAUAAAAAAAAUCCUCAAUCAUUAUUUAAAAUUUCA